AUGGCGUCCACUUCGACCACUACUGGCGAGUGGAAGAAACGCUCCGUCGUCUCAUCCUUCAUCAUGCAGAACCAUGACGGAAAACCCCGCGUAGCUCUCUUUCAACGCAGCGACCGUGUUUCAACAUACAAACACCACUGGGCCCCCAUCUCCGGCAGCAUCGACCCGUCGGACCCAACGCCCCUCGCAGCCGCUUGGCGCGAAAUCGCCGAGGAAACCACGCUCACGCCCACCGCCCUAUCUCUUCUCCGCCAGGGCAAGCCCUUCACCUUCCACGACGGCUCCGUCCGCCGCGUAUGGACCGUCUUCCCCUUCCUCUUCCGGCUCAACAAAGAGACGCCCACCGCCGAGACCGAGCAGCAGCAGCAGCAGCAGAUCCAGACCGACUGGGAGCACGAGGCGUGGGGCUGGCACGAUCCCGACGCCGUCAUCAGGGAUGCUGCGGCGGGUACCUUGCGCGCGGUGCCGCGACUGGCCGAGAGUCUGAGGCGCGUGUGGUUUGAGACAGACCUCGGGCCGGCGGCCGGCAAGGUCCUUUCCGAUGGGCUUGAGGCGCUGGCUCGGGACCACGAGAGCGGAGCGCGGCAGCUGGCUGGGGUCGCGCUGCGGGUAUUUCAGGAUGUGGUUGCGCGAAUGGACUACACGUACGCUCCGGCUCCCGAUGACGACGGCGGGUCGGCGGCGGCGACGGAGAGAGAGGAGGGGUGGUGGGUCAAGGUGCGUUUUGCGGCGUGGCAUCUGUGGAAGAACGGGAGGGAGAGCAUGGGCGCCGCCAUCCUGAGCGUCCUGCUGGCUGCGCUGGCGAGGGUCGAGCAGGUGAGGCAAAGGUCGGAACGAGGGUCGUUGCGUGAGAACGUGCUUUGUGAACUGGAAGCUCAGAUCGCGGAACGGCAGGAAUCGGCCAAGCGCAUCUCGCAGGCAUUUGCCGCAUAUCUCAACAAGACCUUUGCCUCAAAGCGGGCAUCGCAUGAACCGAUCUCGAUUUUGACACUGUCUGAAAGCUCAACCAUCCGCCAGGGCUUUCGGCACGCCGCCGAAGCAGGAUUUGUCCUCGACCUCCGAAUCCUCGAGUCCCGCCCGCUGCACGAAGGGGUCUCACUGACCGGGGCACUCGUCAACGACCUCACCACAAAUUCACCCCCUCCAGGAAAUCCAACACACAAAAUAACCAUCUACACUGACGCCUCAGCCGCCCUAGCAUCUUCAGACAUCGACCUACUCGUCCUCGGCGCCGACCGCAUCGCAGCUUCAGGCGCAGUCAGCAACAAGACAGGCUCGCUCCCGGCCGCGCUGAGCGCAAAGCACGUCAGCCCGACCGCCAAGGUCGUCGUGCUGGGGGAGUCGGACAAGAUCGCGCCGCCGGGCCGACCGGAUGACCAC